GGGGAGGAACGUGCCCAGCCUGCCAAGGCGCCAGGUGCAGCCGCAGCACAGAGGCUGGCGGGAGCGGGGAAGGGGGUGGGCGCCUUUUGGGUUCAGGUUUCUUCCACUCCCCGCUCGCAUCCCACAGCCGGGAAGAGCGAGAAGCCUCUGCUGGCCUCGCUAAAAGUCGGGGGGAUUGUGGGUAAAAAGAAGGCCUGAGCUGGGAGGGGACGGGGGCCCCAACCUUGAGAAAAGUUUUGCCUUUGGUCUUUUGUUGGAGGGCAAAGAAUAGCCCCUCCGAAGCCUGUUGCAGCAAAAGCAACAAGGGGCUUGUGGUAGGACUCUGUUCUUCUUUUAAGAUAAAACAAGAAAUAUUCCUCAGCCUUCUGCGAAGAUGCCUGCCUAUGAGAGGUGAAGGAAAGUGAUAACACCUGGCAAAUAUUUGAGUAAUGGGUGCCCUGGGCAGGGCCAGACCAAUCAUUAUUUUAUAUUGUUUACUUAUUUACAGUUCCGGAGCCCUGUUCGCAUCCAGAAGCGAACAAAAACCGCGGGUCGCAAUUUGCUGCUUCUGCGCCUGCACGUGACGUCAUUUUGACCGCUUGCACAUGUGCGAGCUGCGAAACCCGGAAGUAAUGCACUCCGUUACUUCCAGGUUGCCGCAACGCGCAACCUGAAAAUACUUAUCCCGAAGCUACUUCAACCCGAGGUAUGACUGUAUUCAAAUGUGCUCAUCAUUGUCUGCACAAUCCCAGAACACGAAGCACUAAAACAGUGCACAUUAGUUCAUUUAAAUCCAGCUUAAUAUGUAAACAGUCAAUGCCCUAACAACAUAAAUACAUCAGCUGAGUAAGGGGCACCACUCGAAUAAGCAGCAUUGACUGAAGAUUGAACUGGCCGUCACUUUCUGUAGGGUUGCCAUAUUUCAAACAGUGAAAAUCUGGGCAGAAAAGUUAUUGAGCUAUUUUAAUCGAACAACAGCACUGCUGGCAUGGGCUGCCAUACAUCUGAUUUUUCCUGGACAUUUUAUCGAUUUCUGCCCGGACACUGCUGCCGACGUAUGGACAACCCUACCUUCUGAAAUAAGGAGGCAUCAGCCCAGGAGGUGCCCCAUGACAUCUCUGUGCCUUGGUGAUGGUGCUGAUGGGUACUAGAUGCACCCUGAAAAGUAUUUCCCACUACCACUUUACGUUCCUAGCUUUCUGUCACAGUAUGUUAAGGUAUGUGCAUACAACCGGCAGCAAUGAAACUGCUAGCACAUUUGCAAAGCCAAGCAGUGUCCAGUAUGGUUUCAAAUUGAAUGGGAGAUUGUAUGUUGUGAUGCUUGCAUUGCAGUGGAUUAGACUAGACUCAGCUAUACAGCUGCAAAUAAAACAUUUUAAGUGUGUUUUAAGUGCAAUAUACAAUGUGACACUAGAUGGAGACGGUGAGCUUUAUAGAAAAUUCAACGUAUUUUUAAAAAAGCAUUUUUGGAACUUUUUUUAUAUGUGUGUAGAUUCCACCAGGAUGACCCUCAGGGUCCCUUCCAACUCUACAAUUCUAUUAUUCGAACAUGGAUUUAAGUAUGCUCCCCUAAAAUAGUCCUGGCCAUCACUUUGCUUCCUCAAAUUGUCUUGCUCUGGCAUCCUAGUGUAUAUCUGUACAGUGGUACCUCGGGUUACAUACGCUUCAGGUUACAUACGCUUCAGGUUACUGACUCCGCUAACCCAGAAAUAGUACCUCGGGUUAAGAACUUUGCUUGAAGAUGAGAAAAGAAAUUGUGCUCCAGCGGCGGCAGGAGGCCCCAUUAGCUAAAGUUGUGCUUCAGGUUAAGAACAGUUUCAGGUUAAGAACAGACCUCCAGAAUGAAUUAAGUACUUAACCCGAGGUACUACUAUACUAGAAAAGAAAGAGGGAUAUCUGAUCCUAAGCAACGGGGUCACAUCCGCACCAUACAUUUAAAGCACAUGACUCCCUGCAAAGAAUCCUGGGAACUGUAGUGAAGUGUUCUGGGAACUGUGGCUCUGUGAGAGGUAAACACAGUCCCCAGGAUUCUUUGAGGGUAGCUAAGUGCUUUAAACGUACCGGUUGGAUGUGGCCCAUAGCACUUGGCCUCACACUUGUAUCACCUUUGACUCCCUUGUCAUCCAAGCGUUCCGCCACCUCCCUCGCCAGUCUCUUGCUGCCUACUAAUAUAAUUAAAAUGGGUUUUUUAUGCUUAUCUUUUUUGUUUUUAGCAAUGCACUCCUAGAAUUAUUCUUAUGCAUUCCUUCUUGUCUGCUUGCAUUCCUUUUGCCAAAGUUUGUCUUCUCUUUUGUUUUCAUUUGGACAAAACUUCCAUUUUCUAAAGGGUGCCUUCUUGCCUCUAAUAGUCUCAGGAUGAUAAUGGAGAAACUUGUAGCAAUUAAUUAGAUUAAAAUUAUGUGCCAGAUUACAGAGAGACAUGUUGGGUCGGAUAAACACACAUGUUUGUUUGUUUAAAGCUUUUUUUUUUACCCUGCUUCUUCGGCCAAAAAGGGUUGCAGUUCAGGUUACAAGACAUAGGUUGUUACAAGCAUAACAACAAAAGGGGGGGGGAGUCCUUUGAGGGAGCAGAUAGUCAAGAGGCAGAGCUGGAGGACUAAAGGUGACAAGAAAGUGUGGUUUGGGUCAUAAGAGUAGUAAGAUGGUGUGGGGAGGACCCAAGCUUUGAAGGUAAGGACAAGGGAUUUGUGCUGGAUCCAGGAGUAGUGGACAGAAAGCUAGUGUUGGGAUUUAAGGUUGGGUAUCAUGGGAACAGAGCAACAAGGAAGGUGCAUUAUUUUGCCAUGAUAUCUGCUGUUUUUUUAUGAGCAAAUGCUUAUACGGUGCUAUUUUUCAAGAAAAAGAGGUGCUGGAACUCAUUAUGAACACCAUCCUUGGUUUUUUUUACAGUGGCAAUGGGCACACACCUGAGAGGUGGCAGAACUGAGUUCUGGCAAGUUCCGGCUGGGGGGGGGCGGAAGCCCUGUGCUUAUACAUAUGGGAAUGACAUAACAGCUUUGUAGGAUCAGGCCAAAAGUGUAUUUCCUGUGUUUGGUUUCUUGGAUAGGAGGAGGGGAUGCUUAUCAGUGUGGCAAUACCAUUCAUUCUGGAAAGCCAGUGUGGAAUUAAAACAAGGCUUAUGUAUCUCAUUGAUGAAAGAACAGGGUUGGUGAUCUUUCAGUGCUUGUGGUUUCCUUUAAGCUGCCACAGGAAACACUACAAAACCUGGGGAGGAGGGGGAGGAGUUCAGCUCCAGUGCUCCUUAACUAAUGUGGUUUGAAUUUUAUUUGCCUCCCAAGGCAAAAUGUAAGGCUCAUCUAUUACUCAUUGCUGCCAUCUAAUAUUCUGCAGUAGAGUUGACAUUACAAAUCACAUCAGAAAAGAGAACCUGCCAGAAUGGCUAAAAAUUUAGGUUAUACUUAAUAAAUCGUAGUCUCUGGCAGCUAAUGAAAAUGCAAAUAAUCACAGAGAGGCAGUGUUAUUACUAUAGGAAAAAAGGACUUAAGCAUUCAUAUACAACACCAACUAUAUAUUUUAUUAGUAAGCAGUGUCAAAAUACCCUUUGAAAACUACACUUCAUGGUACUUCCUGUGUAUUAGGAUUCCACAUCUGUCAUGUUGACCAUUCUUUGGAGUACAUUUCAUGCAGGUAGGCGUUACAAGUUUCUCUUAUGAUUUUCCACUUCUUCAGCAAUGAUUUGACAAACACCUCAGUCCUAAUCAUGUUUUGUUAAGUGAGACAUUUCCUGGUACUUCCCAUCUUGCAAUUAGAGCUGGAGAUAAUAGAAUCUGUGGUAUGUGAUACUUGAUUUGAGGUUAUCAUUGUAAACACAGUAUUUCCAGUAAAUGAGGAUAGCUGCUUUAGUUCAGAUUUUAUUUUUCAGUCUCCGGUGCAAAAUGAAAUAUUUUAACGUGGAGCUUCUCUUCAUUGUCUCCUUAUACCACAAGAGCAGCAACACACAAAGGGUAAGAUCGGUUCAACUUGAAUUUAUAUAAUCAUUCAUUUUUGCUGACCAUAAUGCAUUGAUAUUGAUCCAGAAGGAAAACAUUUUGUGCACAGUUCUGUUCUUCCUGGUGGUGUGCUUUUCACAUUACUGAAGAUUCCCAAAAUAUGCUCAUGAUAAAUAAAUCUAUACAUAUAAAUUCCUCUGCAUUUUAUGAGUCAUCAGAGACUAUAAACCACAACAUCUGAAAGUAGAUAGUUUCUCCUGACACAAUUUUCAUUUAAGAGAUAUGUGUUUCAUUCACUGCUGUAUGAGGUAAUCCUUAGGGUGACCCUCAUGUGCUUUUGCCAUCAUAUGAUACUCUACUGAAUGUACAAAGUGCUUCCUUUGUGCAACAGCUCCCUAUUUAUAAAAGGCAGGAUUUUAAAUUAGAGCCCACUUCCUUAAACAAGAAUUUUUCUCAUGAAGAUGAAUAAAAAUUGUUGUACCCUGAAUAUUUAUGAACUUUGCUACUGAAGUUCUUUGGACUGAGAUCCUAUCACAUGUAAACAAACAGCAAAGCAGUGAAUUAUAAUUAUGCCACAAAUGGGAAGCACAGUUACACUUACAUCAAACUCUAUGAUGUUAUUCUGGAUGCAGAAAACUGAAAUGUAUACUAAGAAAUGGCUUUUAGAGUGCAAGUUUAUAAUAACUCAUUGUCAAGCAGUCUAUAGCUCAGGAAACAGAUAUGGCUGGGGCUAGAGGAAUAGGCUGGAAAAAAUACUACAGCAACUGCUUGCUAUUAAGACUUCCUGGGUAAGAAGGAGAUAAACACAGGUCCCCUGGAUCAGGCAACACACACAGUUCUCUGCCCACAAAGCUGUCCUAUUCAUUUAAAUGCAGAGAGAUGGUUCACAUGUCCACAAUUCACACAUACGUUUCGGCUACCUUUAUUGGAAUUCAUGGAGCAGCUCACCUGUGCACAAGCUCCAAGGGUACAUGAGCACAUGCAACUAUAUCAGUCGGGUGCACUUGUAUGAACUGCUGCCACAGUUCAAACAUAACAGAAAGAUAACAGGACAGUUAAGGCUCUGUUGCUGUGUCUGAUCCAAUACAUGGCUUAUUCUGAUUCAGUCCCAUUCAGUGCAGUGGGAUUUCAGCCUAAUAGGGAUGUUUGUCCUUAGCACAAGUAUUAUGUCUUUACUUCAAACAGCAAGUGGCAACGUCUCAAAAUUACCUAAACAUUUUUAUCUGUAAAGCACUCAAAUGCUCUGGUUUGUUUGUAAACUAUUGUUGUUUUGUUUUUAUUUUGUUUUCAGGAAACAGCUGACUUGAGCAGGCUUUUUGUGUUAAUAAUGUUGUUCUUUGCCAUAAGUUAAUACUUCUGAUGAUGCCCUUCACAAAUAGCCCAUUUCAAGGAACUUGCUCAUGGCUCUUCUUGUGUAUGCAACCGAUUGUGUGUGUGUGUGUGUGUGUGUGUGUAAGGGUGUAUACAAUACUCAAAGAGAAUAAAAGCUCCAAGCACUCUUUGAAUCUCACAAUGACUUCCUGAGGUAAAUUAGGCAGAGAAAGCAGUCAAUUAGCCUUAGGUCACAUGGCAGGCUUCAUAUUUAAAUUCAAUAGUCUAGUCACUUCACCACACACUGUGGUCACACUGACAUUGCUGCUGUUACUGCAAAACUCAUUGCUGGAUAGCAGGUUUUCAACCUUUUUGAGUCCACAGCUCCCUUGACCAACUACAUUCUUUCUGCAGCAUCCCUGUGAAGUUCAGGAGCCUAGUUGUGUCACUCCUUGGCUGCAGAGCUGCUUUUCAAACACAGUCCCUUGUAGAGUGUUCCCUCAGCCUCUUUUCUCUCCUCUGGGCAGCCGCAGCUACCACCACUGGUCUCUGAGCUGCCCCCCUUGCCCAAAGAGAGGUGCCUCCUCACACUGCCCCACAGGGGCCUGGGAAGCACCCCCUGGCCAACCCCAGAGGCACCACUUGCCUGCAGAGCUUGUAGCUGGGGCUGCUGCAACAAACAGCUAUGCAAGCCUUUGAGAGACAGAGACAUGAGAGGGCAUCAGAGGAGGGAGGGAAGGAAAGAGGGACAGAGACCAGUGUUGCCCGCGGCACCCCUGACCAUCAUUCAAGGCACCCCAGGGUGCCACAGCACACUGGUUGAAAACCACUGCAUAGUAUCAGGCUUGGAUCCAUUAGGAGACCAGCAGGGGGAGUACUUUUCUUCCUUACUGGAGCACUCACAGCCAGGCUAGUGGCAUACAUUAGUAAGAUUUCUAUCACUGGAAUAUGAAAGGGUUAUUGCCUUUAGACAUUAUUCCUUAAGAGCAUUGGGGUGUGCACCCGUAUAUUUUUAUUGAUUAUUUAUUUCAACAAAGGAAGAAGGGAGUGGUGGUAUGGGAAACAACAAGAGAAUUAAAUAAGGACAAGGAAGAGGCACAGAGGCAAAAAGCCAACAUAACAACCUCCACAAAAGUGGUCAAGAAUCCAAAAAAGAGAGAUUUUUCCCACAGAGAAGACCUGUGCCACGUUGACCAGAGCAGGACAGAUCUGGAUGGCCAGGGGCUGGAUGACUCCUCUUUCUCCUUGUUUGCGCACCACACAAGCAGCCCCUCACUCCCAUGGACCUCUCUGCAAAAGGUGGCCAGCAAAGCUCCAGUGGAGACAGAGCCAUGAGACAGUGCACAGGCAGAAGAAAAAGGCUGGAAUGAAUCCUGCAGAGGAGGAAGUUCCUCUUCCUCCAUUAUUGCUGCUGCUGGAGCCAAUCACCAGAGACAGAUGCAGGCAGAAGCUGCAGAUCUGUUCCAGCCUUUUUAUUUUUCCUGCAACCCUCUGCUUCUCUUGACCCCCCCUUAAAAAAAGGGGGUCUGCCUGAGCCUUAGAGUGUGGCUGACACACCUCACGCGCACAUCUAUGCCUCAGAGUAAUGUAUGACUAUACAAUAAAGAACAUACAGGAUGUGCUUUUCAGGGCUCCAGAAGGCCUCAAACAAGUGCUGUCUAGACCUCCCCAGAGGAGGGGAACUUUCCCUGCUACUCUGAGCAGCUGACAGUCUUGCUGGCAAGUUAUGCAUAUGUUGGUGGGGUGUGAGAUUGCUCCCUACCUCUAGAAUUCUCUCUCUUUAGAGGCAUGCAUGGAUAAAUUGUUGUUGUCCUCCACUACUCACCUCUCCAGCAACCACCAGGAAAGUUAUCUUCCUCUGAUGUUAAUAUAUGGGCAGAUGGGGACUUCCGGGGUGGCGCCAUCGGUAAUGGCGGACUCCCUCUGAUCCGGAGGGACUGGCUCUACGGGAAUUGGGUCUGCUCCGCUACGGCGAAGCGGGGACCCUUUAAAAAAUCACAGGCGGGUGAAGCCUGUGACCGUGGGACUCGGCGGGCACCUUUCACGCCCCCCCCCAAUUUGUAAAGGAGCCCAAUUACGGGCUCCGGAGCGAAGCGGGGCAAGCGGCGCGGUGCUGAGAGUCAACUGCUACUUCCGUGGAGCGAAGCCGCACAGCCGUUACCGGAGAGCGCUACCUUUUUCCUGUGACAAUCUGGCUACAAAACCAACUACCCGUGAGUAGGUUAAAUUUGGACAAUUGGACUCUAAACAACGACCCGUGAGUAGAACGGAAAAUUGGACCAAGAAAUUCCUUUUAAUCUGGCACUGAAGCGGGAAGGUCUAAACAGGAAGUCAGCCUUCCGCUCUUUGUAAAAAGAUUAAAGCAAAGACAUGGCAAGCUAGAGCUUAGAAAAUCGUUUGUAAAGGAUUAACUUUCAUCAUCUAAAAUUACUGGACCCCCUUACAGAGGGGGGAUUCUUUCUGGACUGUUUAAACCUGCAGAAGAGUGCGUAAAGAAAAGUAAUUUACCACCGUCUUGAACCUGGGAACGGGGUGUCAGGACAGACUUUUUCGGAGUUCAUUGACUAUAGACAAACAUUUUUGACAGACAGUUAAAAGAAGAGAAACAUAGUGAUUCCAUUGUUCUCCUUCGCAGCUAAAAGGAGCAAAAUAUUGACAAAAUAUCUGAAAAAGGAAACUUUGUUGUUAGAUCUGCUUUAAAAAAAAAGAGAGAGAGAGAGAUGGAUACAAAUAGAAGUUCUUCCCCUAGAGGGAGCUUGUGAAACUGUUAUUAAAUCUAAACUGGGGAGCUUUGCAGCUGCAACAGAUUAAGACCGUGGGAUCAGACUUUUGACCUUGCACAACAAUGUACUCGGAGGCUCUGGUGCAUGCUUUCUGUAAGACAAGUGCUUUAUUGGAACAGUUACAUGAGAAGACGGAUUUGAUUACUGUUGCGAUCAGAAAUUUUGGACAGGUAGUGGGUAUCUAUAUAGAACCCACUCAGGAAUCAAUUCAGGAGUGUGCUCUGACAGAUCAGAUGAGGGAGGAGGUUGUGGCUGGACCCUGGGAGGCAGAGAUGGAGGGAACUGUGGCCCAGCAGGAACAUGAGUUGUUGGAUCUGAUGAAUGAACCUGGAAAAAGCCAGAUUUGGAGAGAUAGAGUCUUGUUUGGCUUGGAGAUGGGGGGCUGGUUAGACCCCCCCUAUGCAGGGAUAUUUUGACUUUUCAAGUCUGGCGUUGGGCCGGGAGGAGUUUGGAGUUGUGGGGAUCCUCAACUUUGGAGGGACCUUGAAACAUGCCUUUAAAUAUCACAUGGAGUUCAGUGUGGACUAUGGAAAAGGGGCUGAUCUGUCGAGAAGGGAUAAAAAUAUUGUCAAGCUGGAGUCUCCACGAGUGAAAGGAGCAGAAGACAAAGUAAAGUACAGGUAUAAAUAUGAAGAAGAUCUGCGGAAGGGACAUGGAAGAGACUUAAGGGCCUCGGACAUAAGGUUACCAGGUUAAUGAACUAGUUGGAUGGGAUAGAAAGGACUGACAAAACCCGAGACCAGGAGGAAGAGACGUUGGAUGAAUAUUGGAAGAAAGUUUUAAAAAUUCUACUUAGGAAUGUUUUCUAAAAUUAAUGAGUAUUAGAAUAAUGUUGGAACGAAAUGAUUUGGCUUUAGCAGAAAUGUUAAAAAGAAUUAUGUAAGAAUAUGAUAUGGUUAUGAGAAAUUGGUAUAAAUAAGAUUUAAGUUUUAAGUUUUAGGGUUUUUUAUGGUAAGAUAGGGUUAAAAUAGAUUAAGGUAAUUUAAUGACAGAAUAUUAUGAAAAAUGGAAAGGAUUUGCUGUGACAAUCAACAACUAGAAUACAAAAAAGGGAGGUGUGAGGAGGUCGAUGAAAUAAGGUAAUGACAGUUAAGGAUUUGGGAAUAUUGGAUUUUUUAAAAAUCUUUGUGGUUUAUUUUUGUUCUCUGAUUUUGAUGUGUUAUGUGUUUUGUUUUUGCUUUUUGCUUUUGACUUUUAUCGAUUUGUAUUGUUUAAUUGUUAUUUGUUUUUUUCUUGUUUUUUUCCUUCUUUUUCUCUUUGUUUUUUUUUCUGUAACUUUAAAAUUUUCAAUAAAUAUCAUAUAUAUAUAUAUAUAUAUAUAUAUAUAGGCAGAUGGAUACAGGACAAUGCAUUCUCAAAGAUAUCAUACUUUCUCAAAAAUGGCAUGAGAGACCUCUUUGUCAUGAAAAUACUCUUGUUGACUGCACUUCUGUUGUUAACAAACCACUUUGACAUUUAUUUGUUUAAGCACACCUGGAGAACGCCAACCAUUCUGGUAUAUGCAGUCCUUCUUGUCUCCUCCACCCUCUUAUUUACCAUCAAAGCAAAUAUUUGAUCAUCUAUCACAUCUGCUGCCUCUGCUCUUCAGAGCAACAGUGGUGAGCCAAGCAAUUGGCUGCUUCAAGGCCAAAGGCAGGUGGUCACACAAAUAUAAUUUAGAUUAGAGUGAUGACCAAUAUAGAUGGCAGCUGGUGAUGCCUUCCUGCUGAACUACUGAGAUCAAGAGGAGAAAAAUACAGAUGAGGUCUCCUCAUCCUUGCCAUUACGCACAGCACUAGCUCACACAUAUGAUGCUAUAAUUUCAUGCUGAUAACCAUCCCUCAUCACUGAAAUAACAGUAAUAACAGUACAACCCUAAGCAUUCUGACUGAGCCUCUCGGGCUUGCCAAUCAGAAGGUUGGCAGUUCGAAUCCCCGUGACAGGGUGCUCUGUCCCAGCUCCUGCCAACCUAGCAGUUUGAAAGCACACCAGUGUGAAUAGAUAAAUAGGUACCGCUGCGGCGGGAAGGUAAAUGGCAUUUCUGUGCGCUCUGGUUUCUGUCACGGUGUUCUGUUGCACCAGAAGCGGUUUAGUCAUGCUGGCCACAUGACCUGGAAAGCUGUCUGUGGACAAACGCCGUCUCCCUCGGCCUGAAAGCAAGAUGAGCACCACAACCCCAUAGUCGCCUUUGACUGGACUUAACUAUCCAGGGGUCCUUUAGUUUUAGCUUUUUUACACUCUAGUAAAAAUGUUUAGGUUUCAGUGUAAACAUCUUUUUAAAAAAAACUGUGGUCAGUAGCUAGUUUUUCUGGAUGGCUACUAUGGGAGGACAGAGUUCAUAGAGUUGCAUAGAGUUCUGUUAGCAUAGUUGCCAACUUCUUUUCUUUAACUCUAGGUAACAGGGAAGGAAGCGAAGCUUCUCAUAUGGUCAGAUUUGGCCUAGGACCUCCAGUUGAUGAUCCCUCCCUUAAAUAUUGUAUACAAGGAAUAAAGGAUUUAUGAGGUGAGCCCACACUGUAGCAAUGAAGAACUUUUUACAGGCCUUCUGUUUGUUUGCUGUAUCGGAUUAAAAUAUUCAAAUAAAAUAAUAAAAUUUUGGCAGAUGAAGCAAAGUUCCUUUGUAGCAGGAAAGCAGAAACUUUGUAGUCCAGCUCUAGUUCAUCAGCUGAUUUUCUACGCCCAGGAGGCAAGCAGCACACACGCAUAAUAUCCAGAGAUUUUAUAUAAUUUAAGAAAGGCAUAAAUGAUGCCAGAUACAGUAUUUGUUAGCUUGCCAAUAUUUAUAGCAACUCAAAGAAGCAGGGUAACUACUGUAGGCCACAGAAAAUACAUACAGUGGUACUUCGGGUUAAGUACUUAAUUCGUUCCGUAGGUCCAUUCUUAACUUGAAACUGUUCUUAACCUGAAGCACCACUUUAUCUAAUGGGCCUCCUGCUGCAGCCGCACCGCUGGAGCACAAUUUCUGUUCUCAUCCUGAAGCAAAGUUCUUAACCCGAGGUACUAUUUCUGGGUUAGCGGACUCUGUAACCUGAAGCGUAUGUAACCUGAAGCGUAGGUAACCCAAGGUACCACUCUACUUUCUUCCUUGGAUUGUACACUCUAAAUACAGUGGGGAAUAAUAUCCAAUAUCACCUAAAUGGAUUUCUGCUUAUGCAACAAGACUUCUCCUCCUUCUCUUCCCCCAAGCACCUUCCCAAGACACACACACAAACGCACACCAGUCUCUUUCAGAGGGUCCUCUGUUCUCCAGAGAAUUCCGCUGGCUAACACCUAGUGAACGUUACACAAAAGCAAGUUUAAAUUGAAAACAACACAUGAAAAGCUGCGGCCCAGAACUUCAAUAAUACAUUGUGUAACCAACAUAUAUUUGUUUAGAUGCAUGCAAGGGUCCAGGCUUGGAAAAAAUGCCUCACCCUUUAAAAACCAAAAUCCCCGGUAUUAACAGUUUAAGAAAGAUGUGUAUCUCAGAAGAUUGCAUGGUCCUAUUGAAAAAAACCAUACACAAAUAACAACUUUUUUUUUUUUUUUUUUGCAAAGGAAACAUUUCUUCUGAGACACAGUGAAGGAUGAGGGUGCAGUGAGGAGUCAAGUGCCCCAAAUAGAAGGGAAUUUAAUACAGCUGCUUGACAUCUCCAUCUACUUGCAUUGAUUGUUGUAAGACAAUUUUGUGCAGUACUACCAUCUAGUGGUCCCUUUGUAGCAUGUCUUCUAAUUAUUUUUAAUUCUUUAAUUCAUUGCAUAGGAAUGUUUCCUUGAAUUUGUCGCUAGUAUUAAAACGUACCUAGCAGUUUCUGCAUGGAAGAGAGCCAUCCACAGUUAAGUAGCUGUUCGCCACCUUCUUUCCAAUAGUAAUCCUGUGCUGUUAAACCAUAGCAGCAGGAGGCCGUAACCUAACCAGGGCAGCUUUUCUCAAUACAGGUAGGACUGCAGUGGAGAAAAAUGACAAACCAGGUCCUGAAGUCCUGCUAAGUAAAAGUGUUAUUACUUACUUGCAUUAGCAACAUCAGCACUCAAGGUAUUGUGGGCUGCUGAGCUCAGUUGUUGCAUUUUGGCCCUUCUGUGUCUCCUUCCUUGGUUCUGAAUGAUCCCCCUUAUUUGCAACUAAAAUCUGUAUUAUGCCUGCUUCCGGGUUGUACCACACUAUUGGCUGGCAGAUAAUUCAGAGGUGUGUUCCUUGAUAACCUUGCUUCCAUGGCAAGUGUUCUGUGUUGUCCUCAACUCUCGGUCCUGUUCUGCUCCCUCCAGCCACAUGGUGCUACUGUUGAUGUUCUAGUGAGCCAGUGUGGUGUAGUGGUUAAGAGUGGUGGACUCGUAAUCUGGGGAACCGGGUUCACGUCUCCGCUCCUCCACAUGCAGCUGCUGGGUGACCUUGGGCCAGUCACACUUCUCUGAAGUCUCUCAGCCCCACUCACCUCACAGAGGUGUUUGUUGUGGGGGAGGAAGGGAAAGGAGAAUGUUAGCCACUUUGAGACUCCUUUGGGUAGUGAUAAAGCGGGAUUUCGAAUCCAAACUCUUCUGUUCUGUUGGGUUCUGUGUGUUCCUACCCAGGAGUUAAGAUCUGUGGGUGAAGUCCCUUCUUACUCAGGGACUUGUGAGCAACUGUUCUCAGCUGCAGCACUUCUGCCCUCUUGUCACCUAUGUUGAUAAUUAGACACCAGGUCCAAGUGUGGCUCAUUACUCAAGCUUUUGAUGCCUAACUUUGAGAUAUCACUGCCAUACAACUUAAAAGUUGGGUAUAUGGAGUUCAUGUAUUUUUCCCUGUUUUUAUUGUAUGUGGUCAUUUCAUCAGUAGCUACUCUGAGAUCUUUAGAAUAAAUACAUUUAGAAACAGAAGAAAGGAUCCCCCUGCUAAAUGCUACAUCAUAACAAUCCUGAAUUCAAGGGCCAAAUAUUCGUCAUCCAUGUACUCAGUAUGCUUUGUAAAAGACAGAGUAAAGCAGAGAAAAGUUAAAAAAGUAAAGGUAAAGGGACCCUUGACCAUUAGGUCCAGUCGUGACUGACUCUGGGGUUGCGGCGCUCAUCUCGCUUUAUUGGCCGAGGGAGCCAGUGUACAGCUUCCAGGUCAUGUGGCCGGCAUGACUAAGCCGCUUCUGGCGAACCAGAGCAGCACAUGGAAACGCCUUUUACCUUCCCGCCGGAGCGGUACCUAUUUAUCUACUUGCACUUUGACGUGCUUUCGAACUGCCAGGUUGGCAGGAGCAGGGACUGAGCAACGGGAGCUCACCCAGUCGGGGGGAUUCGAACUGCCAACCUUCUGAUCGGCAAGCCCUAGGCUCUGAGGUUUAACCCACAGCGCCACCCACAUCCCUAAAGCAGAGAAAAGUUACUUGAGAAUAAUUGUCCAAGGGCAGUGAGCAGAAAAGCGCACCUCCUGAUAGUCUAUUUACAAUUGCAUUCAGAUCCCCAACCUGCACUAGAUGUUAGGCAAGCACAAACGUUGACUGGCUUUAGGUGCUUGCUGAAGAACUGGGCUGCAAUCUGACUUCUGAGUAGACAUGGUGAAUAUUGUAGUGUUUUCUAAACAUUCGCUGCUGUAAUUACCUAGCUCACAGUAUUUUAAUUUUGUUACUGUGGAUUUUCUGGUGGGGUGGGUGUGUUCUUGUACAGCAUGGUUCUUAUUUAAUUGUUGUAAACCACCUGGAGUUUUCCAUGAAGAAGGAUAUAUAAAUAUUUUUUUUAAAAAAUGAAAUAAAAAUAGUCCCAAGUUUGAUAGGAGCAGCUCUACUUCUCCUUUUCAUCUGCAGGUGUGGCAGUGGAUGUGCUGGACUCUUGUCUUGCCUCGGUAAUGUACUGGAUGAGAGGGAACAAACUGAAUCCAGGUAAGAUUGAGGUACUAUUAGUAGGUGGUUCCCUAGACUGGAUGGGUGGCAGGUUGCCUGCUCUUGAGGGGUUCCACUCACUCUGAAGUAGUGGGUACAUAGCUCAAGGUUACUUCUGUAUCCUCUGCUGUUGCUUGAGGCUCACUCAGGUGGCUUCGGUGGCGCAGAGUGCCUUCCAUCAGUUUCAGCUGGUGGCUCAGCUACACCCCUAUCUGGACAGGCAUAGUUUAACUUCUGUCAUCCAUGCUCUGGUAACCUCUAGGUUAGAUUACAGCAACAUGUUAUACAUUGGGCAUCCUCUGAAGAUGAUUCAGAAACUUUAGCUGGUGCAGAAUUCAGUGGCUAGGUUGUUCAUCAGGGCAAGGUGGUAUGAGCAUAUUACAGGGAUCCUGGCCCAACUGCACUGGCUUUCAAUUAGUUUCCAGGCUCAAUUCAAAGUGAGGUUUUGACCUAUAAAGCCUUAAAUGGUUUAGGACCACAAUUCCUCAAGGACCAUCUCUUCCCAUAUGAACCGACUUGGACCCUCCACUGUGAGAGGUCUGGAGGGUGGCAACAUGAGAACGGGCCUUUUCUGUGGUGGCUUCCCACUUGUAGAUUUCUCUCCACAGAGAGGUUCACCAGGCACCUUCAUUACAUAUCUUUAGGUGCCAGGUGAAAAUGUUUUUCUUUAACCAGGACUUUGGCUGAUCAACAUUCUAUGCCCUUUUAAAUGUGUUUGUGGGAUGGGGGUUAUUGUUUUUUUCUUGUUUUAUUAUGUAUUUUGGGUUCUGUGUUGUGAACCACCCCCUGAUCUUCAGAUGAAGGGCAGUAUACAAAAUCAAUCAAUCAAUCAUCAUCAUCAUAGUCCUUUUAUUCCCACUUACUAAAAUGUAAGUCUAGGGUGGGAAACAAUGGUGUGAGCUUCACUACUAAACUUUGUUUUACUGAGCUGCUUUUUAUUCUUAUAUUAUUUUGUUGUUGCUUUGUUUUUGAACUGCCUUUGUACUUUUUGAAAUGAGAAGUAGUAUAUACUUGGUUUUAACAAAUAGUCAAUCAACAGGGAAUUUAAUUUUUUUAACAUCCAUACCCAAUACUGUAUCAAAUAGAGGAAGGUGACUCCCAUGUUUAUGGCCCCCUGUAUAAAAUGAAAAACAUGUACGGUGAUUCAUUCACAGAGAGACUCGCUCCACUUUUCACCUAAAAAUAUCUUAGAAAAAGCAAGCCAGAUGUGAUAUCUGAGUAGGAAGCAAACAAGAUACACAGGAAGGAAAACCUAGAGGAGAAAGAGACUCCAGGUAUCACAUUCCCUGUAUAGAUAGCCCUGCUGUCAUUGGUUGUGAUAAAUAGCAGUUGCAGAAAGAGGAGCUGUCAGGAAGUGGUUCUGUCAAACUGCCCAGAAUAGCCAAUAAAUUUGCAGAAGGUGAUAAUGACACUUGUCUAGGCUAACAGGAAUAAACUGCUAGCAAUGCCUGAAUUGUUGCAAAUGCUAGUGCUGGUAGGUUUAUGACACAAGGACAUUGAGGGAUAAUAUUGCACUCUGUGCAGUAUGGAGGACAUACAUGCGCAUGCAAAAUUAUUUUUGAAGAUUUAGUUGUGAAGGUUUUGUUUUCCUGUUUAUGAGUUUUAUACAACCUGAGGUGCCUUUUUCUUUUGAGGAGAGAAAAACGCAAUUAAUCUCUUUCAUGAAUAAGCAUAUCUGUCAAUAUAAUUUAAAAACAAAAUAAAUAACCUUGGGUGAAGAUGUCUUACAACCAUAUUAUGUUUAUCGCAUUUUGUAUUUACUACUGACAGUGGCUCUGGCUUGGCUCUUUUCCAGCUCUGGGGUCUUCUGACUUUCAGCGACGGAACACAUUCCUCCUGGGGAACUAGAAGCCAUGUGGACCACAUGUCAACAGUGAGCAGGAACCAAAGGCAAAGGUGAGCAGGGAGGCAGCUCUUACUAUUGUACAGCAGGCUACAGUCCAGCUAGCCGUGUCUUCUUCUACCCCGGCAAACAAGAGGCAUUAGCUUAGUUCAAGGGCCAGGUAAACGCAUUGGAUAGGGAAUAGAGCAGCACCAGGAAGGCGAGUGGUCUGAGAGGUACACGACAUGGCUAGCCCUGAGGGCCAGAGGGGCCUGCUCAGGCUCCAUCCAGCCCCAGGCCUGAGGUUCUCCCACUACUGCUUUAGCUGGAGAUGACAGGAAGUGAACCCAACACCAUUGCAAUGCAAGGUAUGUGCUCUGUCUCCAAGCCAUGGACUCUCAACCUGCAGCCCAGCUGAAACAAUUGUUUUAUGUGGCUUCAGGGCUUUUUAGAUGGAGCUCACCAGAACUCAGUUCCGGCACUUUUCAGGUGGGCACCAUUGCCAUUCAAGGGAGUUCAUGGUGAGUUCCAGCACCUUUUCCUAAAAAAAAGCAGCACUGGGUAGCUUAAUUUUUGCAAGCCAGACUCCAAAGCCGCAGACCCUAUUUUUAGAAAGCCCACCCCACAAUCUGCAAUAUCUCCAAAUUUAUGAUCUUCUUUACAGUAUAUGGUUGUUGUGAGAACUGCAGAUAGCAAAAUGUGAAGCACUCUACAAUGCCAGAUAAAAUACCCUAGUAAUAGGGAUUUAUGUGGAAUUAGAAGUAAAAGAAAAUGGAGUGCCAAGAUUUCAGAUGGAAACAAGAGCAGGGGGAAAUCACUUUCAAAUCGUGUGGCAGUUUUAAAACAUCCCAAAGGAUGAAUCUUUGUCUGUCAGUCCAUUUUGCCCCUGCCUUUUAACACAUUUUUUAAGUCUAUCUCCACUGGACCACCACAUUUGGCAUUGGAAAGGAUUAUGGUGGUGGUCUGAUUCUAGUGCUGUAUAGCCCAAUUCCGCCAUAUUUACUUGAAAAUAAGGAUCACUGUCUUAACCGCAGAUUGCUAGUUCCGCUAUCUGUGUUGGACGGGUUGAGAACUAUCCUUCAAGGACAAUGUAGUCACAGCAUAUCUAAGAAAAGACAAUAAACAAGACAGUGUGGCUGCAAAACAUGGCGUCAUACUGCCUAUUUUUACUCCACUUAUCUCAUGAAGCUUCAAAGCAGCUUAUAAUAAAUAAUACAGUGAAAAUGUUUCUGACAUAAAUGAACGCACAAAGGUGGCUGUCUUCCACUUGAUGUGUUUUCUUUCUCCUUUUUAUUGGUUUCCUCUUUCAGCGACAAGGUAUUUGGUUUGCUGCUCUGCAGAACUGCCCUCUCACCUGUCUAUCAGUCACUUCAGACAGAAAUGGUGUUCCAUAUUUGGAGAUAUUUGAAAAUGAGUGUUGGAAGGCUGCACAAGUGGAAGGGAGGCUGAGACCCUCUGCAUUCUUUGCCAGCUUCAGAUUGUUCCCCACCCUCCACACUAAGAAGUUCUAAUAUUAACUGUGCAUCUAAUUUAAUAUCAUCUAUGCCUAAUAUGUGCAAAUGUACUAGGGAAAUAGUACAGGGCUGGUUGCAGAUUGUAGAUACAAAGCAAUGAAGGUUGCCCAGUAUGUUCAAAGGAUGUGCUUAACUAGAACUUUGUGGCACAGCCCAACCUAUGGCUUUUAUCACUUUUGUGAUGUCAUGGUAGCUGGGUGCAUUGUUUCUGGGUAGAAAUGGUGCCCACGAGUGCUGGUUCCUUUAUAUCUAGGCACUCUUGCACUUACUGCCAAAAUGAAUUCAAUUUUUUACAUCCUCCUAGGCAAGAGAAUGCAUCACUGCUGCCAUCUCAGGAACGUGGGCUACAGAAAAUCCAUAUUCUUCCACAAUGUGGCAUGCCAGGAAGGCAAAUAAUUCCAGCAUUCCCUGAAGUUAACAAAACAGUGAUGGAAUUCAGCAGCUCAACAGAUCAGUCACCUAGUUCUUUUAAACUCAGUCUUGCUCUCAUAACAAAUGUCUACACUAUAAUUCGAUUAUUUUUUUUGUCUGUGAAGAGCGUCACUAUAGGCAGGCAACAAGCACUCAGCAUUAAAUUGUUGAUUGUUCAUGACAGGUGGGAGUAAGCGUUAGGUUAAUAGAAGGUUCCUUGUCCUGAGAUUAAGCAGAGCAACAUCUGUCAGGCGGAAGUUCUACCCUUUGCAAAGAUGCAAGCUUGUAAGCCCUUGUUGAACAACAAUAAUCAGACCUGCAUCUAAAAUCAAACCCUUAAUAGUGUUAUUACUGAUGACACCCUUCCUUUUGCUUCAUGUAAACCUGAAACACCCAAUUCAACAUAAGAAAGGGAAAGAGAAAAUGUGUGCCAAGAUAAAUAGGUAUUGUUUUUGAUGUGGACUAAAUGUUUCUCCUAAUGUACUAUUUUAUUAACAGCUACAUUGAUUUAGAUUUGCUAUCACGGCUGCUGGAAUAAAUCCAUACAACUUUUCUGUUCCAUAUCCAAAAGCAGAAAGGCUUGUUUUUUUAUACAAGUUAUAUUGGAUCAACAAUAAAGAUCUGUUAUCAAGAAGCUUGGUUCAGCC